GAUUCCUUCGGAGGAGGAGGAGGAAGAAGAAGAGGAGUAGCGAGAGAGGAUCUUCUCACUGUUUACAUUCAGUUGAUCUCACAGAAGAAAAAGAUCAGAAGAAUCUCCAUUAAAUUCUCGUUCUCUCGACUCCGAAGUGGAAGCGGAAGAAGCGCGGUUUUUUUUUCCAAGGUGAAAUGUCGGCGGUCAGCGAGGAGAAUGUCCAGAAGGCGGAAGAACUCAAAAACGAAGCCAACGAGUAUUUCAAAAAGCAACAGUAUGACAAGGCAAUAGAACUCUACACGUCUGCGAUAGAACUGAACGACUCUGUAGCAAUAUAUUACGGAAACCGUAGUUUUGCCUAUUUGAAGACGGAGUGCUUCGGAUAUGCCCUCCAGGAUGCGUCAAAAGCACUCGAGCUUGACAAGACAUAUGUCAAGGGUUACUACAGAAGAGCUUCAGCUUACAUGUCUUUAGGGAAAUUCAAACUAGCUCUCAAGGACUAUGAGACGGUUACAAAAACUCGCCCAAACGACCGGGAUGCCAAAGUCAAGUACAAUGAGUGUCAGAAAGUCGUUAAGAUGCUCAUGUUCCAGAAGGCAAUAGCUGUUGAUGAUGACAAGAAAUCCGUUGCGGAGUCGAUCAACUUGGAAGCUAUGGUUAUUGAAGAUGACUAUGAAGGCCCUAGAUUAGAAGAUGGCAAAGUGACAGAACAGUUUAUGAAAGAUUUGAUGGAACAUUACAAAGCUCAAAAGAAGCUGCACCGGCAAUAUGCAUACAAGAUUCUCCUAGAUGUCAAAGAUCACCUCAUGAAGCAGCCUACGUUAGUGGACGUCAAAAUCCCAGACAACUCCAAGUUCACGGUGUGCGGUGACAUCCACGGGCAGUAUUACGAUCUAAUGAACAUAUUCCAGCUUAACGGACUACCUUCCUCCACAAAUCCUUACCUAUUCAACGGGGACUUUGUCGACAGAGGGUCCUUUUCGGUCGAGUGCAUUUUCGUCUUAUUUGGUUACAAGCUCCUGUAUCCUGAACAUUUCUUCAUGUCUCGAGGGAACCAUGAAAGUGUAACAAUGAACCAGAUGUAUGGAUUUGAAGGAGAAGUCAAAGCAAAAUACACAGCCCAGAUGGCAGAGCUCUUCACAGAAGUUUACAACUGGCUGCCACUUUGUCAUUGUCUAAAUAACAAGGUUUUGGUGAUGCAUGGAGGGUUAUUCAGCGGAGACGAAGUUACUUUAGAAGAUAUACGAAAGACAGAUAGGAAUAGGCAGCCACCGGAAGAGGGCAUAAUGUGCGAGUUAUUGUGGAGUGAUCCAAUGCCAUCCAUGGGUCGGGCACCUAGCAAACGCGGCGUGGGUAUCCAGUUCGGACCCGAUAUAACCAAGAAGUUCCUAGAGAGAAAUAAUUUAGAGUACGUCAUACGCUCACAUGAAGUCAAAGCAGAGGGCUUCGAAGUUGCUCACGACGGCAAAUGCAUUACGGUGUUUUCUGCACCGAAUUACUGUGAUACGAUGGGAAACUUGGGCUCCUUUAUAACGAUGACGGGUAAAGACUUAAAACCAAAGUACACAACUUACGAGGCUGUGCCACAUCCUCCCGUGAAGCCAAUGGCGUACGCAAAUUCGAUUCUAAGCCUGUUUAGUUAAAGAUGUCGUCGUCUAGUCAACGGAAGAGCUGCACCAGACUGUACUUUCGUGGCAUGCUGCUGUCUAGUUACCGGGUUGCAAAAGGCAUUGAACCAAGAGUGGAACACAUCUGACGGGGAAGCGUUCCCCAGUUAUACAAUCGCUCGUUCCCCCCUCCUGCAUCCAAUCCCCUGCGUGGGUUGGCGUCUCUCUCUCUCUCUCUCUCUUUACGGAUCUCAAAAUUUGAUAGGAACCAUAGCUCUGAGAAGUGUGCCUUUUUAAAUAAGUAAAGCUAAGUACAAUAACCUUAUCAUAGACUUUAAUGUACACUCAACACAUGGAGAAUAUUUUUAACAUUAGCGAAGACUGACUUUUCAAACAAUAGAUUCGCGAUAUUGGGUAUAUUUCACCAAACUUUUUUUUACCUUGCCAAUGAAAGCUAUCUCACUCUGUAAUAUAGAUUCAGCUUGACUUUAGUUUGGAAGUUAUUUAAAAUUAGGGAGAAGUGGAGAUAGGAUGGUAGUCGUGUAAAAUUUGUAUGUACUGUACCGUAUGAUGAAUUCCCCCUCCCCCCUCCCCCUGUUGAAUACUGUUAUAUAAUUCUAUGUGAAUUAGAAAGAACUUUAAUUAUCACCACAAAAUAACAUAGUUGCGGUGCCGAGGCUGCCUGUUGCUUUGCGAAGGUGCCCAGCAUCUGACCAGCCUACCCAAUAAUGCCACAUGUAGAGCAGAAGAUCGAACUUCCUAGAAGACACUCGUCCAUUCCCGUAAUACUGUACUCCAUCUUGUUUGGAAGUGUUGCAGCCUGGAGCACUGGUUGAAGGUUAUAAACGGAAUAUCAGCACAGAUAUUCUCUCUCUCUCUCUCUCUCUCUCUCUCUCUCUCUCUCUCUCUCUCUCUCUCUCUCUCAGAGAUAGUAUCCUCCUUUGUUCCUAUCGUGUGGAAUUCUUUUACCGCUGCCAGAUUUUCCAUAUGCAAAAUAGAUUAAAGUGUAAAUCGAACUUAAGCUUCAUCCCCUCAUCCUUUCCAAGCUAGAAUCAAAGGACUGCAUUAAGAUCGGAACAGUGAUCUCAAGCGAAAUAAUCAGUGCCAUUCGGAAGGCUUACGUUGACUGCCCUCUUGUGAUGUACUAUAUAAAACCAUUUUUUGUUAUAGUCUCCACAAACCGGAAGGUACAACUGCUUUUUAUUUAAAUUCACUAUUGUACGAUGCAUGGCGACCUUUUCCAUGCGGAUGUAAGAGAUGAUUUUUUUAUUUUAAGUUAAGGCUUGUUUACUUUUUUUUAUUUUGUGAAAGUCCUUCAAACUUGAUAAUUGUGUAUGUUAGUUAUUGUAAGUGAAUUUUCAAAUAUCUACAAUUGGUGGUUAAAUUUGUGUUAACAGAUGUUUUGAAGUCAAUAAAAUAGGUUCUUUAAUUUUUUGGUGCUUGUUCCAAUGUAAUAUCUGAUCUCAGAUCUCACUCUUACCAUUGCUACUACAAAACACGUUUUGUGGUGCUGUGGAUCUUCUGUUGUUAAAGAAUAUCAGCAGCACACCUUAGGAGCCAGUCCUGAGGGGUGCAGUGUCUAUGCAUAGUAAGAAACGGUGUGUACUUUAGUAUCGUACUGUGACUGUCCUGACUUUCAUGGCUGAGAUGUUAAUAUAAUUGCUGCCUCCAUUUUAUUUAGUCGCAUUUAGCUGUGAACUGUGUACAGUAUAUCUGCUAUUGUAUUUGGUUCUCCCUUGCCCGGAUAUCCUUGGGUUACUGGGAUACCUACCAGCCAUAUAUGUUUUGUUUUGGUGUUUUCAUUGAAUGUUUUUGUUAGCCUCAAGCUUUUUGAAGUGAUUCCAGUGCGUGCUUCUCUUGAUCUCUUCGCUUUUGAUACAAAAAUGUAUGGAUGAUCUCCUGUGAGCCUCCUUCCAAUUGUCAGAUAUCACUUUAUUUCAGCAAUGAGUAACCAUCUCUUGGCACCAUAUUGAAGCCUGUGGUCAUCUUUGUUUACCCACAUACUACUUUAGGUCAGGUUUCUUCCCCUCAACUCUCAUAUCAAAGUGCAGUUUUGAAGGAGCCUCUCCGUUUGAAUCAUAUCAGUCACCCUGGUUGUUGUCGUCGGAGCAAUUGAACGGAGAUCACACCAAUGCAGAGUGAACUUUCAUGUAUACUAGACUUAAGGAAAGCGUGCGUUUUCAGCACCCUCGCUUGUAUUAUCUUCAAUGCAGGUGCUCUAUUACAUCCAAGUAUUAUUUUUUCUUCAAUAGACGAUGAUGCAGACAGGACAAUAAGGUUGAAUUUUGUGCAUCGUUCAUGAAAUUACCUCAGUUUUACUCAUGUUACUGCUCUCUCUCUCUCUCUCUCUCUCUCUCUCUCUCUCAGGAUCCAGUUGGGAAUGUAUUUUGAUUUCCCUCGUCGUAUGGAAGCGGGUUCAUCCAAUUAGUCAUGGGGAGACGUGCAUUGACUUAUCAUUUCCAUGUAAUGCAUUUUUUUACUCUUACUUAUUACGUCGUACCGAUUCCCUCUUGUUCUUUUGUUUCUCUGGCAGUGAAAAGGAAAAAGGACUCCACCCGCCUGGAACAGCGGGAGUUCACUCGUGUAUGUGAGCUUGUCCCAAGCUCGGAUCUAUUUUAUAAAUUUUACUGUAAGAUUACAAAUUUAACUUUCAGUGAAGAGCAUUUUGUAGGUUAAAUGCCAAUUUUUUUAUAGUUUACAGAUAGAAAAUAAACUUAGUUAUUAUGGACGAGAUA